UGGAGUCGUGUGUAAAAACGUCAGCUGACAUCCCGGAAGUAAUACAAAUAAUAAAUAUCCCUGCCACUCUCUCCACAAUAUAUAAUUUUUCUGUUCGUUUAAGAAUAUUAUUUAGGCUUCUCUUAUGGAGGGUUCACUGGAGCAACAUCUUGAUGACACAAUGAAAAAUCCUGCCAUUGUUGGGGUUCUGUGCACAGACGCUCAAGGCCAUAAUCUAGGAUGCCGUGGCUCACUUUCUGAUGAACACGGAGGAGUUGUGUCUGUGCUGGCCAAGCAAGCCGCUUCUCUAACCAAAGACCCCACUGACUCUCCUACUGUGUGUCUGGAGUCUGACUCUGGGAACAUUUUGGUGAGAACACAUGGAACGAUUACACUGGCUGUACAUAAGAUGGCAUCAUAAAUUCAGUUUGUUUCUAAUGGUCAGAUAUUGAAUACGUGCAGUGUUUUUAAAAAUCACUAUUAUUUCUAGUUUGAAAAACAUCAGUGGUCUAUUGUCAGCAACAUAGCAGUUUAAUGAUUGGAUGAAAUAUUGUCUUCCAUCAGAUAUUUGUGUACAUGGUUAAUCAAUCAUUUCUUUAACCAAUAUUUGUACUUCCUUUCAACCAUACUCCACAGUUUAGAUGUGUUAACUGCUUUUUUGUUUGUUCGAACAAUUUUUUCUCAGUUAAUAAACUGUGUUAAGGAAAAUAA